AUGGCUCCAGGUGGGCGCGAUUUUAACUGCUCAUGGGAGCAUUGUGGCAAGUCCUUCAAUCGCAAGUCUGAUCUCUGUCGCCAUUAUCGCAUACACACCAACGAGCGGCCUUAUCAUUGUACGGUGAAAGAUUGCAACAAGAGCUUCAUCCAGCGCAGUGCCUUGACCGUGCAUUCAAGAACGCAUACAGGCGAAAAGCCGCAUGUUUGUGACCAUGAUGGUUGCCAGAAAGCCUUCUCAGAUUCUUCGAGUUUGGCUCGUCAUCGAAGGAUCCACACUGGCAAGCGACCUUAUAUCUGCCAGGAACCGACCUGCGAACGGAGUUUCUGUCGCAAAACCACCCUGACCAAACAUCAACACCGCUCUCACCCUCCAGGCUCCAUGACUCGACCAUCCUCGGAAGAUGCGAACUCGGAGCAUUCAUAUCAUCAGCACCAGCCUCCUGUGUCGGUUUCGAUCCCAAACCCUAAUGACCAGUACCUACUCGCUCAGCAGCCUUAUUACCCGAAUUCGGCGACGCCAAAUCACGAGUUCUACUCGCCUCCAAGCGUCCAAAUGGGCUCAGUACCACAUGCAGUUCACGAUGGCGCGCAUCCGAUCGUCAAUCAGAAUGUUUCCGUCACGUCCCCGAUAAACAUGCCGCAUGCUCCACCGCAAGCGCCACCACAACACCCACAUCCGCAGGCGCACCCACACCCGCAACACCAGCAGUAUCUUCAAAUGAUGCAGCAGCGCUAUGAUGCGACCCCGCGCACGAACUAUCUUCCACCCGAAUACCACCAGCCGCCGUUCCAAGGCCAUCAACUACCAGAGGGACAGCCAAUGAUGGUGGGAUACCAUCCUAAUUUCCCGUACAAAAACCCUACCCGGAUUCUGAGUCAACCGGAGGGGACUGACUGGGCUUUUCUGGGAGUAGGCUAA